AUGGAUUUGAACCGACAACGUGAAACGUACUUGAUAGCCAAAAUUGAAAAGAAUUUGAAUGCAAGUACCGCAGAAAUGUUCAAACUGUUCGCCGAACGUAAUUCAAACUAUUUUAAAACCAAAGAAAAAAUUACAAAGCCUAAUCAUAUAUCAAAUCUCAGUAGAUUUGAUUCGAUAGCUGUUCAAUUAAUUUCGGAGAUGAGCUCGAAAUUUAAUUUAUCCAAUAAUGACGAAAUUACUUUAAAACUAUGUAAUGAUAUAAAAAAUGUAACUAAUUAUAUUAUUCAUAUGGAUAAUAUAUUUAUAGUAGACUGUGCAAAGAAAUUGGAUGAAAAUAAUACUGAAGGUGUCAAAAUAUCAUCUUGUCAUCUUCAGAAUGAUUAUCAAACCACUACAUGUACCAUAGUAAAAUUAGAUGACGAAAUACAACUCUCCACUAAUGAUAUGCAACUUUCUGUAUUUGAGUCAAAGCAACUGCAGGCCAAAAGAAUAAAAUUGGAUAACCAAAUUAAACCCCCUAUUUUUUAUCAAUUAAAAAUUAAAUAUAGUGGAUGUGAUAAAAUCGAAAAUAUCACAGUCUACAUAGAGGAUAACAUUUGGCAUUCUUGCAAAAUUCAUAAUAGUUUGGUAAAAAAAUUUGUUAAUAUGGAUUAUCGUGAAAUUAACGAGGUUCAAAAAAUUUUCCCCGGAUACUGCUGGGAAUUAUUCAUCUCUCUAAAAAUUAUUUUGGGGAGAGGAUUGGUGGAGAAACUAGGCAUGAUUAAUGUGAAUGAUCUCAAUAGGGUUUUCAUACCGCAAAUGUGGCUGUCCGACAGUGAGAUAAAUAAUUAUUUUAAAUUAAUAGAAGCCAGAUCGUCCAAUGAUAUUCAAGUAUUUGAUACCUUUUUAUAUCAAAGCCAUAGUACCAGAAUACUUUCAAAUUUGUUUAGACUAA